AUGGGAGUAACACCAAACAAGCGAGAGAAAAAGAGACGCUCCAAGAAGCCGAAGAGGGGGAGCAGAGGGGAAAGGCGGAGCCAGACCGAGUGGUCGACCCAGUGGGAGAGCGAGUGGGAAGGUUGCGAGUGCGAGGCCGAGGCCGAGGACGCGCUCGUGUACGAGAGACAAGCCCAGAUCGCAGACGAGUUGAUCCAGAUUUUUUGCCCGGACGACGAGGCAGCACCAAACCGGUCAACGAGAACCACCAUCACCAUCACCACCACCGUCACCACCGUCACGGACACGGCCACCGUCACCACCGUCACCACCACGACCUACAUCAUCACCGAUCGACCAGCACUGCACGGGUUCGUGGCGCCAAAAUUUGCCGACGAGGAGGACGACCACCACCCUUUGUGA